AACCUAGGGUGCUGAAUCCGUACGUUCUUCUCCUCUUCUCUCUCUCCCCCUCUCCUCCCCUGUUCUUCUUCUUCUUCAUCUUUCUUUGUUCCGCCCUUUCUUCUCUGCUCUUCAUACUUCGCCUCCCCCAUCUCUCUCUCCGUUUGUGUGCUGUAAAAGCAAAACCAAGCUGGGUUCUGCAAACAAUCCUUAACUCCCCCGAGCUUCCCACCUCCGGAGCUGUCUUUGCCCUGUACUAUACCUCUCACGGUGGACACUUAAGGAUAUAGCUGCAUCAAGUUUCAGGCGUCUCAGUUUGGAAGUUAUUCGGUAUACUAUGGAUGUUAAAGGCAUAACAUGGGCUGCAAACAUAUACCAGAAGUUCGAAGCCAUGUGCUUGGAGGUGGAAGAAAUUAUGUAUCAGGACACUGUUAAGUAUGUGGAGAAUCAGGUCCAGACUGUUGGAACAAGUGUCAAGAAGUUCUACUCAGAUGUCAUGGAAGAUUUGGUUCCACCAACUUCUCUUGAUCCUGGAAAAGUCGUAACCUCUGAAUUUAUAUUGGAACAAUUUAAUGAUGUUGACAUCUGUAAGAAGCCAAAACCAGUGAUAAAGAAAGAACCUUUAAAGGUUGAUAUUGGUCAAUUGAGGAAACGUUCCAAAGUUGCUGGUAGUGUGGAGAUAAAUCAUGCUACUCAACGAACUCAUGCUGUAGAUGAUUCGUUUCCAUCUCCAGUUAUGGGUUCUAAGAAAGAAGCUCAGUCGGAAUUGUUGAGCCCAAGGCAGUGCAACAAUGGGACUUUGCUAAGGGGUUCAGUUGAACCUGCAGGGGCAACUGUUUCCUCAGGGGAUACUGAUUGUGUGAAUGAGGUUUUGAAAAGAAAUUCUGAGACGUCUCAUCAAGAGUCUCCACCUGCAUGUUUAGCUUCAUCUGAAUCUGCUCAGGGUGAUCUCGUUGGAGAAAGUGAUGAGACUGAAUCUAGCAAUGAAGCUGUUCCUGUCCCUUCAGUGCAUGGUUUACCUUCCAAGGCAAGUUUGUCGGAAACUGAAUUGGCUCAGAGUAGUGAAAGGGUGAAGAGUCUUUCGUCAUCGGAAGGCUUUAAGGCUGUAUCACGGGAUAUUUCAUGGGAUGACAGCGCUGUUUCUUUUGGAGCAUCCUCCAUGAAUGAAGAUUUCUGCAGCAAUCUCGAUAAAGAAAUUGGCUUAUCUAAUACCGAGGAUGGAGCAAUCGAUUCUUCUGCGAAGGCAAAGCUCGAGGAAUCUUGCAUUUUUGUGAAUCAGGAUGAAUUGCAGUUUGUUGCUGUAUCACCAGGCAAGAGCAGGCCGUAUAAGAAAAAGAUUCGGGAUGCUCUUUCUUCAAGAAAGAGGGGAUCAAGAGCCCAAGAGUAUAAGCAGCUUGCUGCACAGUUCGCUGACAAUUCAAAAUCCAUUGAUGAACGGGCCCCAAUCUCAAAAACGUCUCUCAGUUCUGCGAAAUCUUCAGGGAGCUCACGAGACCACGAACUAGGUGAAUCUGAAUGGGAGCUCCUUUGAAUACCCACUGAUAUCAUCAUUAUCAUUAUAGUACUAAGCUAGUGUAAAUAAAGCUUCUCCCGUAGUAUAUGCUGCCUCCCCUUGUUGGUGAAGGCGAUUGAAGAUUGCCUGCUUGAUGGAUGUUAAUAUUUACUGGGUUAUAAAUUAUUCCCGGUGUAGAAAUUUGAGCAGGAUGGCAUAAAAAUGUUCACAACGGCUUUAUACAUUCCUGAAUAUAUGCUCAAUCUAUGGGGCACAUGAGAUGAUCAAAGCCCUGUAUAUCUGUAGCUUUUUUUUCUGGAAUCAAGUGCGUAAUCUAAAAUAAUAAUAAUCGAUUUGCUUAUGUUAGCAGGGUGCUGCUUA